CCAACCACAACUCAUCGCCUCAUCGGACACCCACCUUGCUUCUCCCGUUUCGUUUCCUCUUCUUCCCUCGGUGACGCACCACCCACCGCGACCCGCGCGCCACCCAGCGAGCGUUACCAGCUACCGUGCGGUAUAUGAGAUCCCCAUCCACCGCCCGCCCCACCACCGGACUAGGUGGACCAGCUGGGCUUGCUACCGACGACGACUUCGCCUUCUACUACUCCUUCUUCCAGGACGCCGCCGCCGCCUCCCCGCUCGCGCUCGACGAGACCCUCGCCGCCGCCAUGCCUAACACCCGCCGGAGGAAGCGCGGAGCGGACGACGCCGCCGCGCCCAACAGCCAGGACGACGGGCCGGAAAGGAAGCGCUCCAUCGCCAAGAUAAUCACCUCCCUCGCCGCGCUCGACGCCGAGGGCCACGCCGACAGCGCCGGCGCCGCGGACGCCUCCCGCCGCGAGCUCGCGCUGCUCGAGUCCAACGCCGACAGCAAGUCGCAGGCCAUGAUGGACUACUACGCCAAGAUGGAGGGCAGCUUCCACGCCGACGCCGACUCCGAGGCCGCCGCCCGCUCGCGCCUCUCCGCCUCCGCCGCGGCCACCGCGGCCGUCGCCGCCGUCGAGGAGGCCGCCGCGGCCGCCACCGCCACCAACACAACCGCGUCCGCCUCGCCGCCGCGGGCGGGGCACCACCAGCGGCGCCUCUGGGUCAAGGACCGGUCCCAGGCCUGGUGGGACCGCUGCAACAGCCCCGACUUCCCCGAGGCGGAAUUCCGCCGCGCCUUCCGGAUGGGGCGGGAGACCUUCGACAUGAUCUGCGACGCGCUGGGCGCCGCCGUCGCCAAGGAGGACACCAUGCUCCGCGCCGCCAUCCCCGUCCGCCAGCGCGUGGCCGUCUGCAUCUGGCGCCUCGCCACGGGCGAGCCGCUCCGGCUCGUCUCCAAGCGCUUCGGCCUCGGCAUCUCCACCUGCCACAAGCUCGUGCUCGAGGUCUGCGGCGCCAUCAAGUCCGUCCUCAUGCCGCGCUUCCUGCAGUGGCCCGACCAGGCCGCCGCGGGCACCUUCAAGGACGGCUUCGAGCGCUCCUUCGGCGUCCCGGGCGUCAUCGGCGCCAUGUACACCACCCACAUCCCCAUCAUCGCGCCCAAGAUAUCCGUCGCCGCAUACUUCAACCGCCGCCACACGGAGCGCAACCAGAAGACAUCCUACUCCAUCACGCUCCAGGGCGUGGUCGGCCCCGACCGCGCCUUCACCGACGUCUGCAUCGGCUGGCCGGGCUCCAUGCCCGACGACCAGGUGCUCGAGAAGUCCAUGCUGCACCAGCGCGCCGCCGCCGGGAUGAUGCACGACGCAUGCCUCGUCGGCGGCGCCAGCUACCCGCUCAACGACUGGGUGCUCGUGCCCUACACGCACCAGAACCUCACCUGGACGCAGCACGCAUUCAACGAGAAGGUCGGAGACAUCCGCAACGUCGCCGUCGACGCAUUCGCGCGACUCAAGACGCGAUGGGCCUGCCUCCAGAAGCGCACCGAGGUCAAGCUGCAGGACCUCCCCGUCGUCCUCGGCGCAUGCUGCGUCCUCCACAACAUCUGCGAGAUGCGCCGGGAGGAGCUCGAGCCGGAGACGCCAUUCCCCCUUGUCGACGACGACACCACGCCGGAGAACCCCGUGCGCUCUGAGACCGCCAAGCAGGCCAGGGACAGCAUCGCGCACAACCUCCUGCACCGCGGAUUCGCAGGCACCACAUUCUUCUGACGGAUCACAGCACAGACAUCUUCGGUUUUCUCCCGUACAAAUCAAAUUGAAUUAAAUUAAACAACUACUUAGCGAAUUCUCAUUCUUUUAGCUAUAGGAUAGAAACAUUUUGGUAGGAUUGCUGCACGACGUUCAGAGGAAUGUCCUGUAAACAUCCUGUGAUAAAAUUGGGCAGGAACUGUUUGUUUAAUCUUUGAAGAUAUAUACAUUUUAAUUUACACA